AUGUACAGCAGCGUCAGCUCCCGGUGCCUGCCCCAGUGUGAGGUGACGUGCCCACAGCCGUGUGUCUAUGGAAAAAGCCUUGGGCCCUGUGUUGCAACCUGUGGAGACUCCACAGCCGUGGUGUAUGCCCCACCGGUCCUCCUCACCUUCCCAGGCGCCAUCCUCCAAAGCUGCCCUCAGGAAAGCAUUGUGGGAGCAUCGUUUCCCCAGCAAUAUGGUGCUUUGACCUCUGGAAGCUCCUCAGAUAUGUUGGGCUCCUAUGGUUCUGGGGGCUCCUCAGGGAUGGGGGGCUCCUCUGGGUCUGGGAGCUCCUUUGGCUAUGGGGGCUCCUCAGGGAUGGGAGGUUCCUCUGGGUCUGGGAGCUCCUUUGGCUAUGGGGGCUCCUCAGGGAUGAGAGGUUCCUCUGGGUCUGGGCGUUACUCUGGGUACAGAGGUUCCUCAGGUUUGGGAGGCUGUUACACGAGGCGGACCUACAGAAGCAGCAGUGGAUCCAGCCGUGGAAACUGUGGCUCAUAUUAA